UUUUUUUUUCUUUCUUCCCUUCACUCCCCUCCUCCUCCUCUGUUUUUUUGCAGAAAUACACGGCUUAUUAUUGUACUGAAAAUAGAAAAAGAAAAGCAUGGAUACCAGACAAGGCAUAAAGGAUGAGGUAAAAUACAACGAUAUUGAGCAAAACACACAGCUUGCUGCAGGCACAAAACGAUCCAGAGUAACUAAAGCUUGUGAUGUUUGCAGAAGAAAGAAAAUUAGAUGCCAAUUCGAGGACUCAAACAAAUGUACAACAUGUAUGCAGUAUGACUGGGAUUGCACCUUUAAUGAUACUACAAAGAAAAGAGGUCCACCAAAGGGUUACAUUGAAAGUCUUGAAAAUCGACUUCGUAAGAUGGAAACGCUUUUGGAGAAAAUCAAUUCAAAUGGUGAUUCCAACAGCAAUCAAGAUACACAUUCUUCUGAAGAAACACACAAGGAAGCAACAGUAGCAUUACCCAAUUCUGUUGAACACAGUAAAGUCGUUCGAUAUCUUGGUAGUUCUUCGGGCUACUAUUUAAUGAAGAAUAUUUUGACAACAGAAAAUGAAGAAAUAGUAGAAAUUAAGCAAGAUUCUAGACGACCUUCUUUGCGUGAUGAAUUCGCAGGCACUACACGGCUUCGAAAUAUCAAUGUCAACGAUGAUGACAUUAUGGUAGUGCGUGAUAAAACGCUGGCUGAACAUGUAGACCAGCUCAAGACUGAAAGACUAGACUUCAAAGACGAUAUUGGGCCUAAAUCACUGAUUGAUAAGUUAGUUGCUCGAUUCUUUCAAAUUGGACAUACAAGUAUUCCAGUAGUAGAAAAAGAGCCUUUUUUGGAUGCUUAUGAAGGAAGAACUCAACCUCCUCCUCCUCCCCUUUUAACCUAUGCUAUUUGCAUAUAUGCUUGUGUUAUAACACCCAAAAAUGACUCAUUGUUUGAAGAAGCCGAUGUAAAUCGCCAAGAAUUCGUCGACACACUUCUUGAGCAUGCCUCUAAUUUAAUUCGAAAAGAAUACCUGAGCCCACGAUUCACAAUAAUACAAGCACUAGUACUUCUUGCUGAAAAUCCUUCAUGUGACAAUGCACUUUAUAGAAACUGGCUUCGCGUAGGCAUGGCUGUCAGAAUGGCACAAGACCUUGGUCUUCACCGAACAUUGGAUAAGUUACCAUUAACAGAAGAAAUGUUUGAAGCUAAUAAGCGCUUAUGGUAUUGUGUAUAUAUUACUGAUCGAUGGUGUUGCGCUGUGAUGGGCAGACCACUUGCCAUUGCUGACGCUGAUUGCGAUAUUGAUUUACCACAUCCAAAAGGAGGUACCCAAGGAAACAAGGACUAUUCCUUGUUUGUCAACUUUGCUAAACUAUCUGGCAUUUUGGGCGAAGUCUUGCGCCGUAUAUUUUCACCUAGAGCAAAAGCACAAGGCUAUAAGACAAUUACUGCAUAUCAUACAGUCCAAAGUAUCCACCGUAUGUUGAAUGACUGGCUACAACAACUCCCAGACCAUCAGCGCAUUACACCAGAAGAAGCAAUAUCGUUUUGCAAGAAUCAAAUCAUGUCAAACAAAAUAAGAGAGGCUGGUCCUUUGAUGGUUUGCUAUCACAAUGUAAAUAUACUACUCUACCGUACUUUUUUGGUAUCGGAUCGAUCUGAAGUCUGGCCUGAUUUAUAUGAAGAAGCAGUUUAUCGUUGUACAGAAGCAGCCAAGAAUACAAUUGAUAUUGCACGUCUGCUUUCUCCUUUGGACAUCGUUCAUUUUGGUUGGAAUUAUGCUGGUUAUUCUGUAUUUCAAGCAUGUCUAAUUCAUGUAUAUAAUUGCACCAGUAGUAUAACUGAAAUAGCCAAUGCAGCAAGACAAUAUGUGCAAAUAUCAAUUCACGAAUGUAUUCAUCCUAUGAAUCAACAAAUUGAUAUUCCUAAUCAUGCCCUUUCCCUGAUAAAGACACUACUUGAUCUUAUUGGGGUUGAAAAGAAAGAAAACAGCAGUGAAGGAUCAAGCACAAACAACAAUGAUGCAGAGGAAACACCAAACACAAAUCAAACAAAUCUCAACACCACCUUUAUAGAACAACCCCACCCAUCACCUAUGAGUGUUCAUGCAAUUAUUUCUGAUUGGAACCAAGCGCCUUCCGACAACAACACGCUCUCACCCCCAUCACAAUCAAAUACCACUGCUCCCAAUAUCGCAUCCACAGCUGUUUGGCAGUCAUUAUUUACUACAGCAGCCACACCGUUUUUUGACAGUGGAGUAGACUGGCAGAGUAAGUCAUACGAUGAUAAACAAAAACUCUAAUUUCUAUAGUGACACUUUCGUCUUUAUUUGACGAUAAUCAAACCAAGCAAAACAAUUUUUUUAUGCCAUCGCAAUAAGGGCUUCCAUGGUAAUACAAAACUAUAGUUAGAGACAAGUCCGCCAUUUCUAUGUGGCUUUAAUGUAAAUAAUAAUAAAACUCGGCUUUUCUUCUUCUUUA